AGAGCUCGUUAGUGCGUUCGAGUUUAAUGUUUUAAGCACACGUAGUAAUUCUGUUUAGGUCAAACUAGAUUUUGCAUUUCGAUAAGUAGUUUUAUAAGCAUUCCAAAGAAGCAUAUUCGCUCCUUCAAUAUAAGGGAACUUAGUAGGCAGCCUAUCCAGGAUGUGCUUGUACGGCGCCAUUUUCCCUGGGAGGGAAUGUUAACAGAAGCACACUGCCAACGUGCACUAUUAAGGGCCCUAGAAAUCUGUUUUACGAAGUGAUAUAAAAUAUGGAUUCAGCGUCGACCAGCUCUAAACACAUCUAUAAAAUGUCUACUGAGGAUAUCACAAAACUGAUACAGCUGCGGUCGAGCAACUCAGCGCUUUUUGACGGGAGGAAAAAUUCGUCAAAAACAGCCUGGAGUGCAAUACUCAGAGAAAUGGGGCUUGAUGAAAAGAUGACAACUGAGCAGAUUGCCAAAAAGUGGGAAAACCUGAAGGCAAGAUACAAGGAUGCAAAAUAUCCUCCCACCGGUGUGGAGAAGAACCCCACCUGCUGGAAAUGGUUCAAUCUCAUGGACGAUGCUCUGAGUGAAGAGUUUGAAGAAAAGAUCAGCCAGCAAGUGAUCACAUCAGAAGCUGAAAAUGAUAAUUCACCUCAUCCGAGUAAGAGGUUACGUCAGAUCAAAGUCAAAGGGGAAAUAUUGGAAUUUCUGGAAGAGGAAGGAACUUCUGUGAAUGUGCCAGCAGCCACCAAACCACAUCUGGUUAAGGAGGGAAAAGGCAAACAUACAGCAGAGAGCUAUUCAUUGGACAUCAUGAGAACCAAACUUCAAAGAGAUAGACAGCUUCUAGAGAAAGAGCUUGGAGGCCUGGACAGAGAAAAAGCCCUUCUGGAGCGGGAAAGGGCCCUUGCAGAUCGGGAAAGAGCGGCUCUUCACCGGGACAGAGCCCAGGUAGAGAAGGACAAAGCUGCAGUUAAAAGAGACAAGGUGUCAUUGGAACAGGACAGAGCCCGUCUGCAGAAAGACAGAGACGCAUUGGCCAGGGACAGAGUGGCCCUUGAAAGAGACAGAAAGUCGGCGGAUUUUACAAAUCACGUAAAAAGCAGUUCAGGAUGCAAUGGACUGGACUGCCCUCAUGAAAAGAACAGAGAAAAAUUAAUAUUCUUACUUGAAAGAGUAAUUGAAAAAAUGUGAAGCAACUCUGAGAAUGAAGCAAACCUCAGGGAAAAUACUGUGAGAUAGGAUAUCUGAACGCUCCUUGGGUUGUUGUCUUCG